UUAUUAGGGGCAAUGAUAUAGAUGGACCGAUCUGUUCCUUUCCGGGUCGACUUUCUUUCAUAGUCUGUGUAAUUCGACCCGAAGAAUAAAUAUAGAAAAUACCCAAUCGAAUCCAGUGAAAUUGCAGACCGGAAAUCGGAAAAAGUAGGGCAAAAUGGCAAAUUCGAAAAUUCAAACACCGGCGUAUCCAAGUGCAGCAAGACUUGCUGAUUCCGAUUGCUAUCCUCAAUACACUGCUUCUCUCAAAUGUUUGGAACAGUUUAACUCAGAUAAGAGCAAAUGUCAAGAACAUUUUGAUGUUUACAAGGAAUGUAAGAAAAAGGAGAGGGAAGCUCGGUUGGAGCGCAAUCGAAGUCGGUCUUUAUUCUCAUGAGUCAUAACCGAUUGAAGUCUCUAGUGCUAUCAUUAUAAAAUAUUUACAAGGCUAAUAACUCCUUCAUGUAACUUAUUCCAAGAAGAGACUGUAAUGUAGAUCCUUCACGUUUAGAAUCAAUGUGAUUGUGUUCAUUGUAGUCUUUUGGGCUCGUUUUUGGUAAUAGUUUUAUUGAUUUGCAAUAAAUGAUGAGGAUCGUGUUGAAGAUAUUUGAAUGUUGAUUUAUAGAUGAGUAUUGGUGCUAUGUUUUCAAUUUUUGAAAGCUUCCUGGUGUAAAUCUUUGUGUUUCUAAUCUUUCUUGUAAACAAAGAAGAGUUAUAGACACUGACGUGUUUAGACUGGUGA